AUGGACCAAAAUUUCUUGAAAAUCGUCAGCUUUUCGUGGUUAUUGAGCUGCUGCCUGGCUAUUGUUUGUAUUCAGUACUCGCCGGAGAACGCAUUCCAGGGUCACCCUGUAAACUGCGGUGACGAAUGCCUCUUCUGCCGAUGGGUUUACGUCGCUGAAGACUACGGCACGUUCAAGCAAGUAUUCGGGUGCGGAUGCGGGAAACAGGAUCAAACGAUCAGGAACUUCAUCGAGAACACCUUCCACCCAAGCAACUUUGCCUUCAAGGAGUGCACGGCUGAAGAAGGCUACGCUGGUGUCACCAAAUCGUACUCAUCCAUCGAAGCAGCCGUCCACUCACAGUGCUGCUCAGAGAUGGCCUGUAAUAAGGCGCCUAAUGGGGAGAAGAUCGCCGAGUUGAAGGAGGCCGCCAAGAAGCUCGAG